GCUCUCCGCAGGCGUUCGGUUCUGGAAAACGAUCCGAACGGGCGAGAUGGAGGAAGAACUAAAAUGCCCGGUUUGCGGCUCCCUGUUCAAGGAGCCGGUCCUCCUGCCCUGCUCCCACAACGUUUGCCUGGCGUGCGCCCGGAGCAUCAGCGUGCACACGCCGGACGGGGAGCCCUCCGCCGCGGCCGUGCAGCAGAGCCGCGCGUCGGCUGCCAGCUCGGACUACGACUACUUGGACGUGGAUAAAAUGAGCUUGUACAGCGAGACGGACAGCGGCUACGGCUCGUACACGCCGUGCCAGCUCAAAUCGCCCAACGGGGUGCGGGUUUUCCCCGCCCCGCAGCACCAGCAGAUGCAGCGGCUUUGCUCGCUCACCUGCCCGCUGUGCCACCGCAGCGUCUCCCUGGACGAGCGGGGGCUCCGCGGCUUGCCUCGGAACCGGCUCCUCGAGGCCAUAGUGGCUCGCUACCGGCAGACUCGCGCCGCCUCCGCGUCCUCCGCCUCCGGAACGGCUAAAUGUCAACUGUGCGACCGGAACCCGGUGGACGCGUCGGUGAUGUGCGAGCAAUGCGACGUGUUUUACUGCAACGCCUGCCAGCAGAGGUGCCACCCGUCCCGCGGCCCGCUCGCCAAGCACCGCCUGGUUCCGCCGCCUCCGCAGCGGCCGGGACAGGCGGGACAACCGCCGGCCACCGCGCGGAAGCCGGCGACGUGCGCCGAACACGAAGCGGAGAACUUCGUCAUGUACUGCUGCAACUGCAGGGCGCCGGUGUGCGCCAAGUGUGCCGAGGAGGGACGUCACGCCAAACACGACGUCAAGCCCAUCGCGCUCAUGUGGAAGCAACAUAAGUGUCAACUCUCGCAGGCGCUAAACAGCGUCUCAGACAAAGCAAAAGACGCGAAAGAGUUCCUGGUCCAUCUCAAGAACAUGCUGCAGCAGAUCCAGGAGAAUGGCGUGGAGUUCGAGGCUUGCCUGGUGGCUCAGUGUGACUCGCUGAUCGAGGCUCUGACCCGACAGAAAGCCAAACUGCUUACAAAAGUCACCAAGGAGAAGGAAUACAAGCUAAAGGUGGCGCGUGAUCAAAUCACCCAUUGCACCAUGAAACUGCGUCAGACUACGGGCAUGAUGGAGUACUGUCUGGAGGUGCUAAAGGAGAACGACCCUAGUGGCUUUCUUCAGAUUUCAGAUGCCCUGAUUAAACGCGUGGCGUCAUCUCAGGAUCAGUGGGUCAAAGGCAACCUGGAGGCCAAAGUGGGCCCCGAUUUUCAGCUCACCCUCAACACGGACGCUCUGCUACAAACCAUUCUUCAGCUAGAUUUCUGCCAGGGCAAAGACGUGCAGGACGGUCCCUUAUUGAAACAAAUGCAGCAGGCAGCAGGCAGUGCUGAAGCUGAAAUCGACACACAAAGCCCAGGAGUGGAGUCUGGACCUCCAGUGCCGUCAGCUCCGCUCUUGCAGUUAGAGAAGUGCUGCAGUGGCAACAACAGCGCCACCCUGGCUUGGAGGGUCACAGCGCCACAAGCAGCGCCCAUCGAAGGGUACAUCCUGGAACUUGACGACGGCAACGGAGGGCAGUACAGGGAAGUGUACGUGGGUAAGGAGACUGUUUGCACAGUGGAUGGUCUUCACUUCAACAGUGUGUACAACACUCGAGUCAAGGCCUACAACGCUGUCGGUGUGGGGCCUUACAGCAAGACCGUGGUGCUCAAGACCUCUGAUGUGGCCUGUUUCGCUUUCGAUCCCACCUCGGCUCACCGGGACAUUGUCCUGACUAAUGAGAAUCUGACGGUGUCGUGUAACAGCUACGACGACCGCGUGGUGCUCGGGACUGCAGCCUUCUCCAAGGGUGUCCACUACUGGGAGGUUUUGAUCGACCGCUACGACAACCACCCGGACCCUGCGUUUGGCAUCGCUCGCAUUAACACGGUGAAGGACAUGAUGCUAGGCAAAGACGACAAAGCUUGGGCUAUGUAUGUGGACAACAACCGCUCCUGGUUCAUGCACAACAACUCGCACACCAACAGGGCAGAGGGCGGCAUCACUAAGGGCUCGACAGUGGGCAUUCUCCUAGAUCUGACCAAGCACACUCUGACUUUCUUCAUCAACAAGGAACAACACGGACCGACUGCCUUCGAGAACUUAGAUGGCGUCUUCGUGCCUGCCGUCAGCCUCAACAGAAACGUCCAGGUGACCCUAUCAACAGGCCUGGAGGUGCCAACGGACCUCAAACAGUAGAUAACAUCUAACUGAUGGCCUUCUACAGACAAGCCAACGAUGUCAACAACCUGGUUCUUUCAAGGUUCCCCAUCGUGUCUGCUCCACCAUUUCUAAUAGCUUAUUGUAGAUUCAAUUUCUGUCAGCGGAUGCUUGACACCAACAGUCCCUUUGUAAAAAUUGGGAGGCCAAUUAACACAGCCGCACGCACAAUUAAGCACACUCUGCAGGGCUACAGCUUGUCAUCUCGCAUCAAUAUCCAACACGGUGUCUUGACGAGGCCGAAUUACGAGGAAGACAUUUUAGGGUGACAGCGACAAAGGCUUUUGUUGGAGUUCAAACAGCAACUCAGGUUGUUACUGUCGUAAAAUAUUCAUGAGUUCUACUGCAGCAGUAGCUGCAAUGUCACUUUAGAUUCAAUGCGGGAAAAAUGUCUUCAUGAGUUGCUUAAGUCAGUUUUAUUUUACUGCCUCGCGAUGGUAAAAUUUCAUUUAAGUUUAGGCUUAUGUGACAUCGUUUGCUGCACUACGUAUACUUAAUUUACAAAUAAUGUGUCGACUCCACUCUAUAGUAGGGCAGAGCGAUUUUUUCCACUUUGUCCGUUCUCAAUUAUCGUCACGAUUUGGAUUCGCAUUUCUUUUAAAUGAUUGACCCUCGCUCUCAUCAGCUGUCAUGUACAAUUCGACCACAUUUGAUUGAGGAACUACACUCAUGGUGGAUCGCUAAACUCUCAAAAUGCCAUAUUUUUCGAACUAUAUGUCACACCUCACAAUAAGUUGCGCCAGCCAAAAAAUGUGAAUUGAUUAGGGGGGAAAAAAACAUAUGUUAUAUUUUGGGGGGGAAAUUUAUUUGAUAAAAUCUAACACCAGGAACAGACAUGUCAUCUUGAAAGGCAAUUGAAAAUAAAAAUAGAAUACAAAAUAACAGGCUGAGUAAGUGUACGGUAUGCUAAUGUUACAUGGCGCUAGGGGUGCAGCAAUCGAUUAUUUUAGUGGUCGAUUAAUCUGUCAACUACUUAGUUCGAAUAAUCUGAUUAGGAACAUUAAAUGUAAAACAAAGGUGAUUGCACAUUCAAAAGAGCAUUAAAUUGGAAUACAAAAUAAAAUUCUCAAAUGUUUCUUCGAACUAUGCAGAAUUGCAUUUUUAUUUAAAAAUAAAAUAGUUGCGCUUAGCCUAAAAGGUAUCAAAAAAUUAAAUGUAGAUCUCAGUACAACAAAAGAACAAUUUGGCUAACUUGCAUAGCAAAAGUCAUAUAGCUUAAAUGCUAAAAAAAGCCAACUUUUUUUUCCCAAUUGUCUAAACAAAUCAUUCAAACACCUUCCAAAGAAAACGGCUAAAAAUACCUAUACACUAAAUUACGAAUGCAUAAGAAAACAUUAGCUCAAACAAAACUUACCUUAUGUUGUUCUUAAUAGGGAGCAGCUGGAUUCAGCCAUGUUAAAUGAGUUGUCAUAUUCACCGUUUCCUGAGUGUUUCUUCAAACAAUGCAGAAUUGCACUUUCAUUUAAAAAUAAAUGAAAAUACCUAAACUUAGUUUCAAACGGUAAUAAAGAAAAUAAAUGAGGAUCUAAGCACAGACAAAAGAACAAUUUGGCUAACUUGCAUAGCAAAAGUCUGCUAGCUUAAAUGCUGUAAAAUGCUAACUGUUUUUUUUUUUUGCAACGCUCUUAAUGAAUCGUUCAAAUGCAUUCCCACAAAAACAACUGAAUAUACCUAUAAACUAAAUUACAAAUGCAUAAAAAACAUUAGCUCAAACAAAAACUUACCUUAUGUUGGUCUUAACAGGUAGCAGGUGGAUUCAGCCAUGUUAAAUGAGUAUUUCAUAUUCACUGUUAGCACUAGAGUGCAGCGUAUCCACCCAAAUCAAUAAAACUAAAUGCACUUUCAAAACAAACAAUUUCAACUCCACUCUAAUCAAAUCAAAAAUUGAUUCGAAGCUUUUUUCUAGUCGAAUUACUCGAGUUAAUCGCUGCAGCACUACAUGACGGAUAAACAACGAACAGAGAACGUAUCCGAUAUGUUACCGUAACAUAGCUAUCAAGCGUUAUUCAGGUAACUACAGCAUAAAGAAACACAGACCUUGAGCGCCCUCUUGUGGUUCAGUGUGAAAAAAUCAUAUGAAAUGAUAUAAUACUCUCCAGAGUAUGUCGCACCCCCAGCCAAAGUAUGAAAAAAACUGACUUGUAGUCCGAAAAAUAUGGUACUAAAUUUACAAUAUGAAGUAACAGUUGAUGAAGUUGCAUUUUAAUGUGUCGAAUACACUCUACAUUAGUGCUGUGCGUUUUUUUUUUUUUUCAUGUUGUGUGGUCUCGAUUAUCGUCACGAUUUUUAUUUAUUCCUUGAAAUGACUGACUCUGGCUUUCAUAAGUUGUCACGUACAUUUCGACCACAUUUCAUUGACGAAUUGCGCUAAAUCGCUACAUCAUCAAUCACGUUCAUGCAAUCAUAUGGCACUACUCUACACCUGUGAGUGUAUUUAACCCUUAAAGCAUCACUAUGUAACUUUUCAGUUUUGGUCGAUAUUAGCUACGCCGGUGGACAAAAGCGGUAGUGUUUUGCCUUAAGAAGGACUGCAUUUCCCAUGAGGACCAGCACUGCGUCUCCCUCCCUUUUUUCCCCACCUCAAAACUUUUUGUCUCGUUGCUCUGCCAUCUGUGCAGAAUUUGCGCGAAAGCAUGCGCAUCAACUUCAUAAUGACUGGGGAAAGCGUCGUAUGCCGUGAAGCAGUCAGCACAUUUGUAAUUUUUUUGUGUGGCCACCCUUCUCAAAAUUAAUUAGUGAUGGUGAAAGCGAUACAGACCCCCUUAAGAUAUAAAAGAGGUGUCAUUCAACUAGUUGUCAGUCGAAAUAUCAUCACAAAAGCUAUGAAAAUAUUUUAUAAAGGUUGAAGUUACCUAGUGUUGCUUUAAAGCCACUCUUUCGUUAAUCCACAAACAUUCCCAUUUCAAUUUCCUACCAAAAGACAACAAAUUACAGCAUAAGAGAGGUUUAACAUGUUUUAACUCUCACUCCGACAGAAAGAAAAUUUGAGCACAAGAACAACGCUGCUUAAGUCACUGCGUCGUUGAGAUCUAACAAGGCCGAGCGUCUUUCUCCCUCAAACAGCAUCCGUGAUGUGUUUGCAGCAGGGGGUAGCUCGAGCGUAUUUGAAAAAAAAAAAAAAAUCUCAAGACAAAAAGUGAAUAUUUUAUACACCACGUUGGGAACGAGUUUUUUUUUUUUUUGUCACCUCAUGGUAAUUUUAUAGCAGACUCCCUGCGGUGUUGCCUUCAGUCAAUGAAAAGUGGCUCUUGAUAAGGCACACUGCUGCAAAAGAUCACUGUGACAAGGAAGGGAACACUGAGCCACUUUAAAUAACCUGCCACAAGUUUUAUUUUAACUCGAUAGCAAAUAGUUCAGAUCAGUGUCUAAUUUCAUAUAUCAUUGCGGUGCAGAAAUGAUUUGAUGAAACGUCAACCGCAUCUUGUAAAUAAUGAAUAUGCUGAUAAUAAUGGUGAAAAUUAAAGUUUACAAAAUGCUGUAUCUAAAGCUGCGUUGUAAAUAGCCUCCUGCGUUAUUUAUUGUUACUGCCAACUGCUGUGAAAGCGCGCCCUCAGCUGCCUGAAGGGGGAACUACAACCACUCCGGCCUCCAGACAGGAUUUAUUGAUCAAAAGCCAUUGCAUUUCACUUUAGAAAUACUGUAUACGUAAAGAUAUAUAUCAAAUUGGUUGCUUAUUUUCUGUAUAUUCCUUGAUUAUUUUAUUCAAAGCUGUAGAAUGCAAAAUAUAUGCUAAUAUGCCAUGUAAAUGUUAUUUUGAAUUAACCAUCAAUUUUGUAACAUCCGUCAGCUUAGCUUGACUCACAAGUCAAAUACUUUAAAAAUACAUUGUCGUGCCAAAAGUAUUUGGCAAUAUAUUGUAUAAAAUUAUAUAUGGACAAAAGUAUUAAGACAUUCCUCUUAAUCAUGAAAGUGUGGACAAAUUUGAUAUUGAUAAUGCAUCUGAACAGAAAACAAAGAACAAGCUUUCAUGAUUGGUUAUAUAUUCUACCUAACUUUAAGUACAGUGGUAUGAAAAUGUAUUAGAACCUUUUGGAAUUUCUCACAUUUCUGCAUAAAAUCACCAUCAAAUGUGAUCAGAUCUUUGUCAGAAUCACACAGAUGAAAAAAACAGUGUCUGCUUUAACUAAAACCACCCAAAUAUUUAAAGGUUUUGAUAUUUUAAUGAGGAUAAUAUGCAGACACUGACAGAAGGGAAUAAAUAAGAGAACCAUCAUAUUUAAUAUUUUGCCCCCCCCUCCCCCCUUUGGCAGCAAUAACUUCAACUAGACGCUUCCUGUAGCUGCAGAUCAGUCUGGCACAUCGAUCAGCACUAAUCUUGUCCCAUUCUUCUCUACAAAACUGCUGUAUUUCAGUCAGAUUCCUGUGUUGAAUCGCUGUCUUUAGGCCAUGCCACAGCAUCUCAAUUGGGUUCAAGUCUGGACUUUGACUUGGCCACUCCAGAAAGUGUAUUUUGUUCUUCUGAAACCAUUCUAAAGUUGAUUUACUUCUGUGUUUUGGAUCAGUGUCUUGUUGCAUCAUCCAUCCUCUUUUAAGCUUCAACUGUCUGACAGACUCUCUCAGGUUUUCCUGCAAAACAUCCUGAUAAACUUUUGAAUUCAUUUUUCCAUUAAUGAUUGCAAGUUGUCCAGGCCCUGAGGCAGGAAAACAACCCCAAAUCAUGAUGCCCCCUCCACCAUGCUUCACGGUGGGGAUGAGGUGUUGAUGUAGGUGAGCGGUUUCAUUUUUCCUCCACACAUGACGUUGUGUGUUACUCCCAAACAAUUCAACUUCCAUCUGUGUGUAUCCAAGUGUCUUUUUGCGAGCAUUAAAUGAGCAACAAUUUUUAAUAGACAGCAGUGGCUUCCUCCGUGGAGUCCUCCCAUGAACACCAUUCUUGGCCAUAGUUUUACAUAUUGUUGAUUUGUGCACAGACAUAUUGAACUGUGCCAGUGAUUUCUGUAAGCAGUUAGCAGACACGCUAGGGUUCUUUUUUACCUCUCUGAGUAUGCUGCGCUGAACUCUUGGUGCCAUCUUUGGUGGACGGCCACUCCUCGGGAGAGAAGCAACAGUGCCAAACUCUCUCCAUUUGUAGACAACUUCUCAGAAUGUCGACUGAUGAACAUCCAGACUUUUUGAGACGGUUUUGUAUCCUCUCCCAGCUUUGUACAAAUCAACAAUCCUUGAUCGCAGGUCUUCAGACAGCUCUUUUGACUGAGCCAUGAUGCGCAUCAGACAAUGUUUCUCAUCAAGGCAUUUCUUACCAGGUGUGUGUUUUAUAGUGGGCGGGGAGGUUUAAACCACUCAUCAGUGAUUGGGCACACACCUGACUUAAAAUGUUUGGUAACAAUUGGUUUGAAUUGCUCUUUAAGUCUUUUAAGGCUGAGGGUUUACUUACUGUAUUGGCCUGAAUAAAAGACGGCUCUGAUUAUAAGACGACCCCUCUUUUUCAAAACUCAACCUAGAAAAAUGACUUUUUGAACACCAAAUUAAUUUUUAUACAGAAAAUAAUUAAAGUACAUCCGAAACUAAUGAUUAUAACAAUAUAUUUGAGAGAAAAAGCAUGUUAUUUUGCCUCAUUCAAAUCUUAAUAUCUGAACAUUCAAAUAUGUAAACUAAAGUGCAAUCACAUUCGUAAAUGAAUGGCUUCUGCUUUUUGAAAUGUAAAUAAACCAAUCUUGUGAUAAUACAACAAAAUUGCAAUAACUGCAUUAACCAUCGACGUGAAGUCUUAGCUGUAACUGUAGUCUUGAAACAACUCUGAAAAAGGAAAAACAUUGCAAUAAAAUAAUGCAAACUGGGUAAACUUGAGAGAAGCUGAGAUCUGUCAUGACAGAACAUUGCUUCAAUGAUAUCUGGCGCCAUCUAGCGUCAUGAAUGGGGAGAGUAGCUGAGAUCUGUCAUGACAGAAAAUCGCUUCAAUGAUAUCUGGCGCCAUCUAGCGUCGUGAAUGGGUAUAAUGUCAAAAAACACAGUCUUAUAUUCGGGCCAAUACGGUACUUACCCCCCCCCCCCCCCCCCACCCACUUCUGUCAUUGUUUGCAUGCUAUCAUUAAAUUAUGAAAACCUAUUAAUGUUUGGGUGGUUUUAGUUAAAGAAGACACUGUAUUUUCAUCUGUGUGAUUUUGACAAAGAUCAGAUCCCAUAAAUGGUGAUUUUAUACAAAAAUGUGAGAAUUUCCCAAAAGUUCAGAUACUUUUUCAGACCACUGUAGCAUUACAACGUAGCAUGAUACGCUAGCUGUUAGCACAAGAAGAUGGAGGACAGGAAUGACGAGUAUACGACAGGGCAGGUGAGUGUAUUUAUUGUGCUUAGAUAUUAUUUCUUCAAACAUUCAGGACAAGAAUCGCUUAAAAUUUGUUGGAACUGUUUCUGGGGGAGGUUUCCUUUUUAUAUCAGGCCCAUAAACGCCCUUUUCUCAGGUCUAUCAUCAUCAAACUCCUACUCGUAGACCAAAAUAUUGUGAAAGUCUUCCCAGAAGAGUGAAACAACUACAUAAUUAAUUGACUUUCGAGUUUUCACGUCCCAAUACUUUUGUCCACAUAGGGUAUUUGCGAUCAUCUGCAUCAAAGGGCUUUAAAUUUUUAGGAACAACAUCCCGAGCCCGUAAUACGCCAACUUGGCCGCUCACUGUGUUGGCUACUGUGCGUUGUCGAGUAACGGUGCGACAGCAUGUCCUUUUACCUCGCACCCGCCCACCCAUGAAUGUCUUAAACUUUACAUAUUUAUUUAUUUAAAGGUACGGUGCUUUGUGUGGGGAGUUUGGGGAGUGCAUGUCCUAAUAUUUCCAAAAUGAUUUAUUGACCAAGUUUGUAAAUAUGUUUUUGUACGUCGCCCAACUCUUCAGUUUGUUCCGUGUCAAAGUUGCUGCUGUUUCUGUUUAAAAGUGUGAAUACAUGGAGCUCAACUAGCAUUUACUUCCCAUUCCUGUUAAUUCUUGGAAUUUAUUCCCCUCAUUUAAACACCCUAUCCCAUCUCUUGCCAAGCUGUGAAUGUUUUGUACGACUAAAUUGUUUGUAUAUGAGCAUAAGAAAAAUACAGAUGCAAACAAUGUCAUUUUUGUUUGUUUAUAUAAAAAAAACAAAGAAAUAAAUUACCUGUGAUGAAAUAGAAAUGAGUCUAUUUUGUGCAUUGACAUCCAAGGUAGAGGUAAAAAUAUAGUUGACUCUGCAGUUUUUCUUUUUGUUUGUAUCCUGUCAUUUGUGUUUGUUUUUUUUCCUCAUUGUCCAUUCACAAAAAAAAAAAAAAAAAAAAAAAAAUCCAUGUGGUGAUAUGCGAUUUACUGGUAUCAACCAUGAUGAUUUGAACUUCAUCCAUAAAGGAAAAAAUAAUCGACUUUUGGGUCUUCUGCUGUAGUUCCAAUGACAUCUAGUUAGCGCGUUAUAACACCAAAAGUCCCACAGUGCCCACCUCAUUUGCGUCCCAUCUUGCCCUUGAUGGUCUUGAUCUCCUUGGGGCUUAGAAUCAGCAUGCCAUCCUUAAAGCGGCCAACUUGACCCGUUGGUGCCGAGGACGACGCCGUUGACUUCUUGUCCCUGCUUCAGUCCGACACACCCAUCAGUCAACAUUUCCAAGGCAAUUAAUAACUUUUAUAUUUUAAGCAAACACUAAAGGGAACCACGAAUAGAAAGACUUGUGGUUCUUAAAAGCGAAACGUUAUUAUAAGUUAAAAUAAUUUGAUAUUAAAACCCCUCUUGAUGUUUUCGUUUUUAUACAAUUUGUACAAUUAGUUUAACUAGUAAGUUGCCAUUGUUGUUGACUUUGCAAGGCGGUGAUGUCACUGGGUUACACUGCCGGGCUUCCAGAGUAUGACUCUAGCAACAUAAACAUGUCAUCUUCUCAGCCCUUUCAAUGUGAACCCGAGAGGAACAUUAAUGAGCAUGACAGCACUGUCGAUGUCUCACAAAACGAGCGGCAAAAGCAAAAUGAACAUGAAAGACUGGAUGAGAAGAGAUAAGAGUAGGACAAAACCAGUGUUUAGCCAAAAUGUGCUACACCGACGAUAAGGGUGGUUUAAAUACGCUAUGUGACUAAUGUGGUCAACAAAUAAACAAUCUGCUUUAAAGCUACCACAAAAAAACACAAUGAUUAAAGGGUACCUUGGAUAGAAAGACAUGUAGUUUUUAAAAGAUAAAUGUUGGUACGAGUUACAAUAAUUUGAUAUUAAUACCCCACUUAAUGUUUUCGUUUAAAUAAAAUUUGUAAAAUUUAAAAAAAAAAAUAAUAAUAAAGUACCGUAUUGGCCCGAAUAUAAGACUAUGUUUUUUGCGUUGAAAUAAGACUGAAAAAGAGGGGGUCGUCUUAAAUUUGCAGUCUAGACAUCCCAUUCACGAUGCUAGAUGGCGCCAGAUAUCAUUGAAGUGAUGUUCUGUCAUGACAGAUCUCAGCUACUCUCAAGUUUAACCAGUUUGCAUUAUUUUAUUGCAAUGUUUUUCCUUAUUCAGAUUUGUUUCAAGACUACAGUUACAGUUAGACUUCACUUUGAUGGUUAAUGGCGUUAUUGCAAUUUUGUUGUUUUAUCACAAUAGAUGCGUGUUGUUUUGAACAUAAGUUUACAUAUGUGUGUUACAGCUUUACCAAUUGUCAAAUGUGAAGGAAGGAAAAAGCUUCUAAAAGCACAAUUGUCUUAAUUGAUGUCUGUAAAACUGAACGACUACACAUUUAGUGAGGAAAGAACAUGUCAUAUAAAAAAAGUAAAAAAUAAGAUACUUUGAGGUGAAUUACAUACUGUUUAUGCCACAAAAAAAAAAAAAAAAAAAAAAAAAAAGUCGGACGAGACUCCGGCGUCAUAAAGUCGAAGUCGAGUACGUCGUAACCCGGGGACUACCUGUAUUCCAAACCGCUCUUGGAAUACUAAGAAUUAUUUUAUAUUACAAACACGAUUAAGCAGUAGAUGAUGGAUGGAUGGAUGGAUGGAUGGAUGAAACAUUUGCAUAAUUCUAGUCGAUAUUUAGCUGUGUUUUUAACUUGUAUACCGUAUUGGCCCGAAUAUAAGACGGUGUUUUUUGCAUUGAAGUAAGACUGAAAAAGAGGGGGUCGUCUUAUAUUCGCGGUCUAGACAUCCCAUUCACGACGCUAGAUGGCGCCAGAUAUCAUUGAAGCGAUGUUCUGUCAUGACAGAUCUCAGCUACUCUCAAGUUUAGCCAGCUUGCAUUAUUUUAUUGCAAUGUUUUUCCCUUAUUCAGAUUUGUUUCAAGACUACAGUUACAGUUAGACUUCACUUUGAUAGUUAAUUGAGUUAUUGCAAUUUUGUUGUUUUAUCACAAUAGAGAAGGUUUAUUUACAUUUCCAAAACCAGAAGCCAUUCAUUUACGAAUGUGAUUGCACUUUAGUUUACAUAUUUAAAUGUUCAGAUAUUAAGAUUUGAAUGAGGCAAAAUAACAUGCUUUUUCUCUCAAAAAUAUUGUUAUAAUCAUUUAUUUCGGAUGUACUGUAAUUAUUUUCUAUAUAAAAAUUAAUUUGGUGUUCAAAACGUCUUUUUUCAAACUUGAGUCUUGAAAAAGAGGGGGUCGUCUUAUAAUCAGGGCCGUCAUAUAUUCACGUCGCACGGCAGUGACGUCACAUGGCCAUACUUCACAGUGUCGCUCUUUAAGUACUAGUAUACAAGGUAGAGUUUUAAAUACACCACAAGGUGUCAUUGGCGAGUUCUAAAUUAAUAAGAGCUCAAGACAAUGAGCGCGUUUUGUCCCUCGACAGACGCCGUAGUAGAGUCAGUCACAACAAACAAGACUUGUUAUAAUGGCUCCCAGAAUAAGUUUGUAUAUUGUGACUAAAUAUUGCCAUCCAGUGUAUUUGUUGAGCUAAACGAGUUGCUAAAAUGUUUAAAUGGAAUUUGACCGAACUCUUUAUGCAUAUAUAUUUUGAUUGUGAAUUUGUGAAUGCCAGUUCUCUUUGUAUUGUUGUUUAACUGUGUAAGAAUAGCGCCUCAUUAAUGCAGAUUGAAGCACUUUUCUUUUUGUGAACAUUGUUUUUUUGAGAGAUAUAUUAUUUUUGUUGUAUUUUCACGAUAUGAUACUUAUGUGAAGGAGUUGCUGAAGCUUAUGCCACUAAACGGGGCGAUCCGAGCUACGAAUCUGAAUGCCUGUGUCCACUCUCCUUUCUCUCUGCCUUACACCCCAUUGUGCAUUAAAGGAAAACUACAGCAUCAGUCAAGGGACAAAACGCACUCGUUGGCUUGAUCCCUAAUUAAUUGAAAACUCGCCAGUGACACCUUGUGGCGUAUUUAAAUCACUACCUAACAUAAUUAAAUAGUGACACUUUUUUUUUUUUUUUUUAAGAGUGACACUGUGAAGUACGGCAAAGCAGCCCUGUGACGUCAACACCCGGCAACCUCAACAACAAUGGCGACCUACUACUUCAAAUAAUUUUACAAAUAUUAUUGAAAUUAAAACAUUAAGAGGGAUUUUAAUAUCAAAUUAUUAUAACUUGUACAAACAUUUACUCUAUCUUUUCAGAACUACAUGUCUUUCUAUCCGUGGAUUCCUUUAAAAGUAUAAGAGGGAAACACAUGCAAAAAGUUCUUUGGGCAAUGAAAAGGUAAUAAAAAACUCAAUAAAAACACAAAUAGUAAGUACUCGCCGCUUUUAACAGAUGUGCGCGCAUGUUGGACAUCUCGCCGUGUAGAAAGGAAUUACAGAACACCGGUAGUGUUCAUCUAGUGACAGUGACAAACUAAGUCAUGACCCCGCAUAUGAAACAUGCCGCUCUCCGUAGGUCAAAACAUGUACUAAAUAUCAUAGAUUUUUAAAUCAAUGGCAACAUUUCAUGCGUUUCUAAUAACAUAUUUUAGUAAAAGAGAACAAUUGUGGCAUGUUAGAGACCACAAGUCUUUAAGUCCGAGGUUCCCUAUAACUUACCUUGGUUGAGUCUUCUUUUUCUUUAAGUCCUGGAAAGCCAAACAACCACAAGAACUUACCAAGCAGUUAUUUUUGCACUCGAACAUAACUUUCAAGCCUUACCGUCUUCACCUCCUCUUUCACUUUAUUUUUCUUGUCUUUUAUUUGUUCUUGCAGCACCUUGUAGUUCAAAUACUUCUUCUUUGCAGGCUAUUUUAGUUAACAACGAGUCAAAAAGCUGUUCAACGGGUGAUCAAGUAAAUAAAGUGAAAUGAUUUCUUACUCGUGCACCCAACAUAAUGGCUCGCUCUUCCUCAAAGACUCGCUGCUGUUCCUUCUUGUAGCCCGUAAUGCCGAAGCGAUGCACCUCCAAUCGAGCCUUAUACAAAAGAUAGCAUUAGCGACAACUGAAAAAAUAUACCACAUUAUGAGACAAAACUAUAGAGUAAAAUUGAUUACCUUCUCCAAACUGAGACCCUGUUGUGGAGCGUUGGGCUCUUUUUUGGAAAUCUCCAGCGGCUGGAGAUAAAAGAAAAGAACAAUGAGUUAAAAGCAUUAGCAGAGGAGUCAUUUUAAAGUGUACCUUUUAAUGUUUACAGUGAGAAAAGGAAAGAAAAUCAUAAAACUUACAAGUGUUUCAUUGAUUUCAGGCAUCUGUUUGGUCUUUUUUUGUCUCUUGGUGGGAUCGUGGAAGGACACCACCUCCACCUGUGUCACUGCUGGACCUGUAAUUGUAAUUUUGAUCAAAAAAGAAUUCAUUGUUGAAACUGGUUCAUUAGUUGUACGAUUUGCACCUUCACUCUCAACGGUCAUCUCCGAGAACUCUUGUCCAGCUUCUUGGUCUUCAUUGACACUGCAGACGGUAGCAGCAUCUUCUGGACCGGCUUUUUGCCCGCAUCUUUUCUGCCUUUUCUUUUUCUUUUUUUUCACCGCCCCACCGCCUGUACAGAUGAGAGCAAGGAAACAUAACAGUUAAUAUUUUAUUUUUUGAAUCGUGACAUGAAUCACAUGCUGAUUAGAGAACUAACAUUUUUUUUUCUGCAGAAAAGAAAUAAAACUAUUGGCUGAACAGAGACCCCAAAGACAAUAAUAUAAUGUUGAGUUGACACAUUUUAUAUA